GUGCCUGCAUUUCGAAGUAUUGGACUGUACAAGUGAACUUCUAAAAGCUCACAAGAAUAGGUUACAUUUCUGCUAUUUCUGUGCUUUUCAGGUCCGCUAUGAAUGCCUUAAAUUUCUGCGGGGGAUCCGACAGUGGCAACGGAGUCUAUCCUCUGCAUAGCGUCAACUCCGUCCUUUUCGACCUCCACCACCAGAUGGCAGACCAGUACCCAGUUUAUCCAUCGGCCAAUCCCUCAACGGUUCACACGUUCUCUGUUGCUGAAAGACUUGCAGAGUUGAUACUGGAGGCCCGUUAUGGGAACCAGCAGAAGCAGCGUCGGAGCCGCACAGCCUUCACUGUGUCUCAGUUACAGGCUCUAGAGAAAGCCUUCCAGCAGACCCAGUACCCUGAUGUAGGUAUGAGAGAGAGACUGGCUGUCUGCAUCAAUCUGCCUGAGGCACGCAUUCAGGUGUGGUUUAAGAACAGAAGAGCAAAGUUCCGUAAGGGACAGCGAUGCUCCCCCAUUCCCAGAGAGCAAAGCCUGGAGGAAGCACAUCAAACCAAGGCAGGAGGGGAAAAGAGGAGUUCCAAGGACUCCAAAAUACAAAGCGAAAUAGCUCCUCUCUGGGAAGUCAGUGAUGCUCCCACCAUUUCUUGUCCUGGAGACUCCAUUGUAUCUCAGACCCACUCAAGAUUACAUUCUCCUCCCGUUUUUCCCUUUGUGGGUGGAGAGCGGUACCACCUUCCACAUCAUCAGGCUUUAGGGAUGCUGUCAGCUGGCCUACAUUUCACCCCCACAUUCUGGCCCAUUCUACAGCAACACAGCCCGGCUUUAGGAGUUGCCCCACCAGUUGGUAAAAACUGCAGCCUUUCCCUUCAGACUUCCUGUCUCAGUAAAGCUGUACCCCACUCCAACCUGGGUCUAUAACUGCACUCCCAACAACAACUUCUCUUCAGUGUGUGUUGGCAAAAAGGGACUCAAAGGAGAAAAUAGUACAUUGGUACACUGGUAUCAACAUGGACACAGAUUUUAUACUACUGAUUUUAUACUUUGACUCUAUACAACUUUGUGAGUACGGCAGGUAGCUUAGUGGGUAAGAGCGUUGUGCCAGUAACCCCGAGCCGACUAGGUGAAAAAUCUGUUGAUGUGCCCUUAAGCAAGGCACUUAACCCUAAUUGCUCCUGUAAGUCGCUCUGGAUAAGAUCGUCUGCUAAAUGACGUAAAUGUAAUGUACAAGGAGCCUUUGCUAAUUGUCCUGGUAGAGUGAAUAUGUCUGUAGAUAGGUUUGAUUAAGAACACUCAAAGGGGCUAGUAUGUUGUGUUCUUGUGAGCAUUUGGGAUUGCUACCUGGAGUGUAUUGGUACAUGCUGCACUUGCAUAAAGAUGUUACUUUCAGUUUUUACUCACUUAUCACAAGCACUUAGGAGAAUAGAGAAUUGUGAUGUGGUUUGGGACACAUUUUUCUUUUCACUUUUCAAAUUGAAUAUCCAUUUGUUCAAGACAAUUUUCUGUAAUGUCUCACUGUAGGAAUCUUUAGGCCUAUCCUACGUUCAUUUUAUGGUUAUACACAACAAAACCGUAAUUCAACUGUAUGUGAAUAAAAAAUAAAAAUAAAUGAAUACAAUUAUUUUGAAUGUCUUUAGUUUCCAUUUGUUUAUUUUGCAAAUGAGAAAUUCCCGGUAACAGAAUGAUGCUUAGACUCAGAUAUAUAUAUUUUUC